AUGGCAGGGGGAGAGCGUGCGUUAGCUGGUCUCUUAGGCGUGCUGCAGGGUCUUGCACCUAAAGACUUUCAGGAGUUUAAGGUGAAGUUAUCGGAGGUUCACGUGGAAGGAGGAUGGAACAUCCCCAAGGAUUCACUGGCGAAUGCCGCCCACCCUUGCGCGCUUGCCAGCUGCAUGGGCAAGAACUACAGCGAAGACACCGCGAUGGACAUAGCGAUCGGGUUGUUCAAAGAGAUGAACCAGAGAGACCUUGCUGAGAAACUCCUGGAUGAGAAGGUGAACGAGUACAAGCGGAAAUACAGAGAGCACGUGGUCCAGGAGUUCCUCCGGUACAAAGAAGCGAACUCCUGUCUUGGGGAGAACCUGUCCGUCAGCAGCCGCUACGCUGACCUGACCAUCGCCAGGAGGCCUUGGAGCAAGUGCGGAGGUGAGCAUGAAGCUGUGGCCACGACCACAAUCACCACGCAGACGCUGUUUAAACCUGACAAAGAUGGGCAAACGCCGCAGGUCGUGGUGCUGGUGGGGGCCCCAGGGAUGGGGAAGACGAUGACGGUCAGGAAGGUGAUGGUGGAGUGGGUGGAAGGGACCCCCUACGCACAGUUUGACUAUGUCUUCUGCAUAGACUGUAAAGACAUUGCCUAUACCAAGGAAGCGAGCGUGGCAGACCUGGUUGCAAAGUGCUGCCCUCACAGGCAGAUGCCAGCUGGGAAGAUCCUGGAUGACCAGAAGAAGAUCCUGUUCAUUUUUGAUGGCUUCGAGGCCCUGGGAUUUUCCUUGGUUCAGCCUGAAGAUGAGCUGAGCUCCGAUCCCAGGGAAGUGAAGCCACUGGAAACCACCCUGAUGAGCUUGUUGAAGAAGACUGUUCUCCCUGAGUCCUCCUUGCUCAUUACCACGAGGCCAACAUCUCUUCAAAGCCUGGGACGGUGCCUGGAGGGGGAGUAUUAUGCAGAAAUACUGGGAUUUUCAGCAGUCAUGAGGGAGGAGUAUUUCCACAGGUAUUUUGAGAACGACAAUAAAGCCGACAUGGCCUUCAGGUUUGCCAGAGGCAAUAAGAUCCUCUACAGCUUGUGUGCCAUCCCUGUCAUGAGCUGGACUGUCUGCACCAUCCUUGAACAAGAGCUUUGCAAGAAGAAAAACCUCGUCGAGUGCUCUAAAGCUACCACGUGGAUGAGCGUGUUUUACCUCUCCUGGUUAAUGAAGUGCAGAGACAGGGACAACCCGCAGGACCUUCAGCAGUUCCUGCACAAGCUUUGCUCCUUGGCUGCUGACGGCAUCUGGAAGCACAAGGUCCUCUUUGAGGAGAAGGAAAUCAAGGACCGUGGCUUGGACCAGCUAGACCUUCUCCCUCUCUUCCUUAAUGAGAAAAUCUCAAAGCAAGGUGUAGACCGUGGGAACGUCUAUAGCUUCACCCACCUGCACCUCCAGGAGUUUUUUGCAGCAAUGUUUUACGUUCUGGAGGAUGAUGAAGAAAUGGUCGGCGACUCAGGGACUCCUGUGAAGGAUGUAAAUAUGUUAUUAGAAAGCUAUAGCAAGUCCAGGAAGGAUUUGAACUUAACAGUGCGCUUCCUGUUUGGUCUGGUAAGCCAAAAAUCCAUAGAAUACGCAGACAAAACCAUUGGGUGCAGAAUUUCACCUCAAGCCAGGGAAGAUAUGCUGAGGUGGCUUCAGGGGAGGCACAGAGGCAUCUCCCAUCCCAGCCAAGCACUGAAGGUUACCGAGUUGGACACUUUCCAUUUUUUGUUCGAGAUGAACGAGAAAAGCUUUGCCCAAAGCGCAUUGGGUCAUUUCACCGGCGUAGACUUGCAGGAUAUCAAGUUGACCCUGUACGACCAAAUGGCUCUUUCCUUCUGCAUCAGGCAGUGGGCAGGGCUGGGUUGCGUCGCCCUCCGAGGAUGCUCCUUCGACCAGCAAGAUCCCAGGGAGGACCCGGCCACAUCGGUGCCUCGGUAA